GUCAACAGCAGUAGCAACUGAAGCUGAGAGAGAACCGGGCAACUGGUCCGCACAAUGAAUAUCAGCACGAUUUAGUGUAGAUUUUAGCCACAGGAAACACACGUUUAUUAAUUAAGAGUCGACACAGGCUCUAAGCCAACAAAAGUUUGUCUUUGGUGUAUUGUCUAGCUUUGACAAAUUAGAAAAAACACCCAAAGAGCGAGGAUGUUGGUCCCCGCGGGAAGAUAAUGAAGAGGCUGCGUGUUUUGUUGGUGUGCCUCAUUGUAGCUCUCCUGUGCUGGUACCCCAGUCAAUAUGUGUAUUGUUCAGAGCAGAGCUUGUCUGGCCCAGGUCAGUCUGCUGGGGACAGAAACCCUGAUGGCCACAAGCAGGAACAGGAGCAGGACUCCACACAACCUAAGGUGGAGGAUGAAUGGACAACACACACAUCCUACGAUGUGGGACUGGAGACAGAGAGAGCAGCACUAGAGAACCUGGCAACACGCAAUGUACACCAAGAACAGACUGUGAAUCCACAGGAAGCUGAGGUGGAGGAAACAAAACCUGACCAAGAGUCAGAUACUGUACCUGUUCCUCCUGAGCCAGAAUUCCACCCAGACUUCCAGGAGGAUGUGGAUGCACAGACUGACACCCAGGACCAGAACCAGGAGGCUCCAAGGUCCUCCACUCCAGAACCAGUUCUAGCACAGGACCAGUUGUCUGCAGAUGCUGCAACCCCAGCAGAGAUCUCCAGUGAUGCCCCUGCUGCGAAUCCCAGCCUGGACUCAAACCAAGCUAUAACUCCACAUGAAGCUGAAAACGCACCUACCUCACAGACUGGCAGCCCGGCUCAACCAAGUGCAGUGUGGGUUGCCAGUGAAGGAGAUGAACUCCCAGUAGACAGCUUUGUCUUUGCUGAGCACUCUGACUCACAGUGCGGGGUCGUUCCCCCCGAACUGGCAACCUGUGAAAACUCCCCUUUUGGCAGCCCUGUCUUCAGUGUGGAUGAAGCUGGCAUAGAGGACCAGUGGUCAGACCAGAGCCAGACCUCUGGUACCAAAAUAGACAUCCAAUCCACUCCAGGCCAUGUGGACCAGGAACAGCAGCAGCAACUGCAGGAGCCAAAGAAGGGGCUGGCUGAUUUGGACCGGGAGGCCAAUGCCUCCCACCACCAAGAUCAGAAGAAGGCAGGAGAUGCCAGUGUCACCAGGGAGACAGAUCCCUCGGUACCCAGCAAAGAAGACAUCCCAACCUUUGACGAGUGGAAGAAACAAGUCAUGGAAGUUGAGAAGGAGAAAAGUCAGUCUCUCCAUACCUCAGCCAGCGGCAGCCUGCAUUCAGUGAAAAAGGUUCAGAAAAACUUCAAGAAUAACUACGCCUCUGUGGAGUGUGGUGCCAAGAUACUCUCUGCCAACAAUGAGGCCAAGAGCACUUCAGCUAUUCUCAUGGAGAAUAUGGACCUUUACAUGUUAAAUCCUUGCAGCAACAAAAUAUGGUUUGUCAUCGAACUGUGUGAGCCUAUUCAAGUCAAGCAGCUGGAUAUUGCUAACUUCGAGCUCUUUUCAUCUACCCCUAAAGAUUUUUUAGUUUCCAUCAGUGACAGAUAUCCUACCAACAAAUGGGUGAAGCUGGGUACUUUCCAUGCGCGUGAUGAGCGCAUAGUUCAGAGUUUCCCACUGGAUGAGCAGCUUUAUGCUAAAUAUGUGAAGAUGUUCAUCAAGUACAUAAAGGUUGAACUCCUCUCCCAUUUUGGAUCAGAGCACUUCUGUCCCCUCAGCCUUAUCAGGGUGUUUGGUACCAGCAUGGUGGAAGAGUACGAGGAGAUAGCUGACUCUCAGUACCCUUCAGAGAGACUGGAGUACUUGGAUGAAGACUAUGACUACCCUCCUGGCUACCAACCAUCAGAAGACAAGGCCUCAAAAAACCUCCUGGGCUCAGCUACUAAUGCCAUCCUAAACAUGGUAAACAACAUUGCUGCUAAUGUACUGGGUGGCAAGCCAGAGCUGGAGGGAGGAGCAGAAACAGGAGGUAACACAUCUGCGGAGGUCCAGAAGGACAGGGAGGAGGGAAGCUCAGAUGUGACAACUAAGCCAGCUGAAAUCCUUCAUAGCUCUACAGUACUGGAGCCUACAGAGAUGGGGCACACCCAGGAGGACUCUAAUUCCUCCAGUCAGUCCUCCACUCCUCCAUUGUCAUCAACUGAAUCCCAGGAGGACAGACAGAUUGUCACCCUGGUAGAGGAGGAGGAAGAGGAGGAUGAAGAGCCCAGACAGUCAACCGUCACACUGAUGGAGGAAGAAGUGGAGGAGGAGGAAGAAGAGAAGGAAGAGGAACAGACAAGGAAGGAGGCAGACAGGAACCAGUGGGAGAGCCAGGCCUACUGUCCUUUCUUGUCCUUCUCUUCUCUGUCUCUGUCCUGCAUGGCCACCCUGCCGGAACUGCUCCAUCGCUGGUGCUCUGCCAGACUAGCCAAGGAGAGACUCCGCAGCAUCAGGCGGAGAAAUCUCGGCACUCAAACACAGACUCAGCCACAAACACACACCCCUCCCCCCACACAUACACCUCCACUGAUCCCCGCCCCUGCCCCUACACCACCGGUCCAAGAAGCCCUUCCACUCACAGAAAAGGUUUCAGAGCCCGAGGUGCCUCUUAAAGGACAAAACGAGGCCAAACCUUUGGGGGAGGAACAUGUUGCUCACAUUCACGAUCCACACACUCCAGAGUUCAACAUCCUCCUAGAACCAAGUAGAACCUCCACCCUCCCUCCUCAGAGUUUCUCAGACACGCACAGCUACCUGACACGGCCCACCCCCACUCAUGAGGAGAAGGUCCUACCUCCUGUUAAAGAUGCAGCCCUGGACCCUGUCCCCACUCCUCCUCUCCAAGCAGUCUCUAUCCCAGAGACACAGCAGGCCAUCAGUGCCACCUCCACUCCCACUGUCAGUUCCCUCUCACAGCCCCUGGCAUCUGAAACAGCCUCCUCUGCUAUUGUCGUUCCUUCUGUCAAAGAACAACCUGUUCAGCCUCUUCCCACUGCUUCAAGGCUGGAAAACCUUAUUCCUCCUCCCACUGAACUGCCAACAGCUGUCUCGACCUCUGACAGUCACACAGACACAGUUAAAUCAGGCUCAGACACUGUGGACUCUCAGAAACACAGUGCCCCUGCUUCUCAGACCCACGGGGAGCAGACAGACCCCCUUGCUCUGACUGGGGAGCCUCAUCGAGGUGAGGACGCAGUGGAUGAUGAGCUUUUAAGCAACAGUGGUAAUGGGAACGGCCACCGGGCGGCUACAGACUUCUAUGCAGAGCUGCAAAAUGGGGGUGAUUAUAAUGGCGGUGCAAUAAAUGGCAAUGGUGUUUUGGUGAAUGGAGGAGCAGUGCACGGCUCCAGUCAGAAGGAGAGCGUGUUCAUGAGGCUGAAUAACAGGAUUAAAGCACUGGAGAUGAACAUGAGUCUGUCCAGCAGAUACCUGGAGGAACUCAGCCAAAGAUACCGUAAACAGAUGGAGGAAAUGCAGCGAGCAUUCAACAAAACCAUCAUCAAACUGCAGAACACCUCCCGCAUUGCAGAGGAACAGGACCAGAGGCAGACAGAUUCUAUUCAGGUUCUGCAGAGCCAGCUGGAGAACAUCACUAAACUGAUGCUCAAUCUCACUGCUACAGUCAGCCAGUUGCAGAGAGAGGUAUCAGACCGUCAGAGCUACCUGGUAGUCUCUUUGGUUCUGUGUCUGUCUCUGGGCGUCCUGCUGUGUCUGCAGUGCUGCCGCAGCUCGUCUCCUAACCCCAGCACCAGCACUGCUGUCCUCCCCAAGAGCAACCACUACCCCAGCCCCAAGAGAUGUUUUUCUUCUUACGAUGACAUGAGCCUGAAGCGCAGGGUGACCUGUCCGCUUAUUCGCUCCAAGUCGUUCCACCUAUCUUCUACAGAAGUAGGUCCAGAUGACUUGUACAUUGUAGAACCUCUAAGGUUUUCUCCAGAGAAAAAGAAAAAGCGUUGCAAGACAAAGUCAUUGGACAAAGUUGAAACACUGAAGGCGUCUGAUCCCUCUGCUCCCCUCACUAACGGGGGCAUCAAGUGUAAUGGCUUCCACCCAUGCCCACCUGCUCCACCCUCCCCCUCAGCCUCACCCCCACCCCCUCCUCCUCCUCCUCCACCUCCCCCUCCACCCCUUCCCCCUCCAUUGCCACCUCCCCCUUCCUCCACAGAGGUGUUGUCAUUAAAGUCCAUCUGUACCACCAAGGAGACCCCGGCAGAGACCAGCAGCAGCAGCUCAUCCACCCACUCGGAGGAAUCCUACACAAGCCGUCUCUCCCCUCCCUCACCUAUCCUCCCCUCUAUUGGCCUGUGCAAUGGCCACAGCCUGAAUUUCCCACUUAGCCAACCUCCAGCUAAGUCCCGUCAGGAGAAGCGCUCAGUGAAGCGGCGGAAGUCGCGGCAGACGGAGCUGCAGUUCCCUCCGAUGCCAGGGGGCGGCGUUAGUUCUCUACCCAGUCUACAGCAUCUUAUUAAAGGAAACAAGGAGAUCAGUGUUGGGACCAUUGGGGUGACAGCUGUCACUGGACAUGUCUGAACACUCACACAUAUCCGUGUGUUCCCUUUUACACAACUUCCUUUCCAAAACCAUACACACUAUACAGUAGCAGACUACAUUUGUGAGGAAAUGAGGUCUUACUGCAUCCCAAAGAACCACAUUUCCCAUGAGCACCCAGGCGAACCGUGGAACUGAAAUGGCUAUGGCAGCAGUAGCUCAGCAUCAUCUAGUCCUUAUCCACUCCUGUCAAAGACCUGUUUACGGUUAUGUGCCUUUAUAGUUCUCCUAGACCUUUUAAUGCUAAAACCAUGAAAAUGUGGUGAAUUUGAGAGAAACUGUGGUGGGGUGUUAAAACAUUCACACAAAUCAGAUCCAUAAGAGAUAUGUUCAGGAUGUUUUUCUACUGGAUAAGCACAUUUAUCACAUGACAGCUGAAGACCAGUGAGGAGAAGUUCUCGCUUCAUGCUGCCGUUUAUUCACAUACGGGAGCACCAAGAAGUAUUUGGAUGAAAUGUGUUGUGUGUUAUACGGGGAGCAUGAAAAACUAUUACUUCUAUCCUUUUUUUUUCUUCUGUCCAUCAUCAUUUUAUCCAUUCUGUCUAGUGUUGCAUCCUGACUCAACUGUAGGUGUUAGUAUGGGACCAGAGCGUUAAAACUUUCCUGAGCACAGACAGAGCCUUUGUUUCUCUUCUUAUCUCUGUCAGUCUUUUCCUGAACCAAUCGUCAGAGCUGAAUGAAGAAAAUGUCGUUCCUUUUGUCUGAAUAUGUUAGUCCUUCUCACUUAACCUCAUAUGAUCAUUAGCAGCAGCGGCGAGAUCCCACUUUUCCAGCUCAUCUUAUGAAGAAAAAAUAUGCUGUUAUGAGAUGCUUUGACUGUGAUGGACAUGAGAUUCAGUCAGAGGCUAGUCUUGGUGUGUUUUUUUUUUUUCUUUUCUGUUACGGAGACUUUCUCCUCUUGUAUCAUCACUCGGUUUGGAUGGUUUAACCUGUGAGGAGGUGACGUUUCCUAAUGAGGGCACACUGUAGCUGCACUUGCUGAAGAGCAAAAUGUUUACACUUCUGCAACACACACAGAACCUACUGGGACCCUGCAGACAAGUGUGAGAAACCACAUUUAUUUAUUUAAGUAUUUAUUUAAAAAAAAAAAAAAAAAAAAAAAUAGAUUCCUCUAACGUAGGCACUGGCUUGCCAGUCUCCCAAACCUGCAGUGUCACAGUAGUUUAUCUGUGUGAAUAUUCAACUAACAAAAUACAACGGUACACACUUGUGUUUUUUUUAAAGAUUGCCCCCUGACAUUAUUACAGCCCCUCAGUGUCUUUGCAGCCUCAUACCCUGCAGCUUAUAUAUAUAUAUAUACACAACAGAGUAAAGUAUUUAUUUUGAAGACAAGAUGUUUAUUCGGAUCAUCGCAGCUGCUUUUGUAUCUGUUGAGAGCUGCUGGUUGUUUAUUGGAGAUGGAAAGGGCUAAGGUUAGUGUUCUGUUUGUCAUUGAUGUGUCUUUUUUGUGCUUGUUUCAGUUUUAUAUCACCCGUUCAUGCCUGACCUACAAUGACAUUAAUUUAAUAAAAUGUAGGGAGUUCAGAUGUGAGAAAGGGUAUAAUUUAAAAAAAAUAAUAAUAUAAUUAAAUGUCUCUGUAUGUUAAUUAUGCAAAUUUCUGAUUGGCUCUGUUUGGUUGGAAUUGGAUAAGUGUACAUUUUGGCAGAGACUGACUCUUCUGCUGUCUAAAUCUUCUAUAUCUUCUCUUUCAUGAACAUUAUGACCUCCUUUGACCAGCUUCCUCUUUCUUCUUUGCACAUCUUCAUCCAGUCCAACUCCCAUUGCAUGACUCUGUGACUGUGAAGAGAAAUUUUUAAAUAUGCCUGCUUUUAUUACUCACUCUAGUUCCCGUUAGGAGCUUGAAAUGCUUCAACAGUCUACACGGCUGCUUUUCCUAACCGGCUGAUUUUUUUUCCCCGUGCAUCCUCACAUUCGUCAUAGACUUUUUAUUCACCCCUCACCACUUUUUGACUCGUGUAUGUUUGCCCCACCUCAAAAGCCAGGAGAAUAGGAGAUGUUCUUAAAUAAAGGGAAUGCAAGAAAGAUUGAUGAUUUGGAACACUACAUGUGAUUUUUAUGUUCCACAAACCGAGCAAAUCAUGAGUUUUUUUUACCCGUUUGGAAUGUGUAUGAUCUUAUGUUUGUGUGCGUGUGUGUAUAAACCUGUAUGCAUGUGAGAAGUGUUGUUGACCUUAUGUACAUGUGUGUCUCUGUGUUAUGAGAAGGUCUACUUUAAAUCUACUUAUCCUGUAACACAGUGAAUACAGAGAUCACCCUUGGAGAGAACUUCUAAGAGCUCAGUGUGCACUUUGUAUGACUCCUCAUGCCUUUUUCUUUAACUACCUUAUUUGUCAAGUGCUAUAAUUUCCUUAUCUCUGUGAUUUCUGUCUCUCCAACACAUGUUUCUGUCUAUUCUGAAGAGCUGCACAGUAUUUUUGAGCAGGAGUGAGUUACUACAAAAACUGUAGUGCCAUUAGAAACUGUGAAUUUCUAAAUAAAACUUUUUUUUGUUGUCUUUCA